CCUCAAUAUGAGCUCCACAGGCCGAGGAUCGAAUAGGCAACCCUCAGACUACAAGACGACCAUUCUACCCACUGAGCCACAAAUAUCUACAUCCCAUAGAAGAAAGUCUAUACCCGGCAGUCUGGUCAAAAGCCAGCAUUCGUUCAAGCAAUGGAAGAAAUAUAUGAAAAUGUUGCCUUUGACAACUGUGCCUGCCCAGCUCCUGCAACAGAUCCCAGAGGCUCCAGCAGCUCUAAAAGGAGGGUUUAUUUGGCUGUUAUUCUCUGUCUGGGAGUCCUGAGUGUUUGCCUGCUGGCUGGACUCAUCGUCCUUGGUGUCCAUCAUCAUAUCUCGGGUGAGAUGGCUGCAGAUCUCUUCGCCAUCAAAAAUGAUCUGAGUGAGCAUCUUCAGGCCAGUAAGGACAAUCUGUCCUCCCUGACAGAAGAGAGAAACCAGCUAAAAGCCAACCUCAGUAAACUAACUGAAGAACUGAACAAGCUUAAACAUUUGUCCACACAAAAGAAAACAUGUCCUGCAGGAUGGAAGAUGUUCAGCUGUUCUUGUUACCUCUUUUCUACAACAUCUGGUUCCUGGGAUCAAGGCAGAGAAGGCUGCAGAGGCAGAGGAGCAGAUCUGGUGGUGAUAGACAACGAUGAAGAACAGGAAUUUCUCACUAAAUUCGCCAAAGGAAAAUGCUGGAUUGGUUUAAGUGACAAAGAAACAGAAGGAACCUGGAAAUGGGUGGAUGGAACUAACCUGACUCUAACGAACUGGGACACAAAUCAGCCUGAUAAUGGUGGUGGAGACCCUCAGUGGGGUGAGGAGGACUGUGUGGAACUUAGACCCAACAGGAACGCUUGGAAUGAUGUUAACUGUACAGCUUCUAUGUGGUGGAUCUGUGAAAAAAGACCAAUAUAAUCUGCUUAAAGGGAAUAUUUGUAAAUCUUUACAGCUAUAGCUAUCGUUUGUUUUGUUUCUACAGAAACUGUUACCAAAAAGAUGCAACUUUAAAACACAUUUAUAAACAUUUAGUAAGUGUUGCUUCAGAGCACGAAAUAUUCCUUCUUGUUCUCAAACAGAAUAUUUGUUUUUAGCAGCACAAUGAAUUCCUGCUUUAUUGUUGUUGUUUUUCAUGCUAUAUAAUAUCUUAUGCAUUUGAAUAGAAAGAUCUGAUGGCAUAAAUCAACUUACAUAUAUAAAAACUCACCACAUCAGGGUUUUAAAUUAUAUUUAAUUAUCAUAAACAAACCAGCUCUUCAACUUGCACAGUUUGUAAAACUGCUUAAGUUCUUGUGGCCAUUUGAUUCAUGCAGCAGUGUUGGAUUAAGAUUUAUGAGCUUUA